GCCUUAUGAAUGAUUAUAUUCUAGAUAUCUUCAAUCCUGGGGUUUUUGAUCCUUCAUCCAUCCCUGAGGUUUUAAAGCAAAGGGCACUUUCCCCAAUUCUUCUACAUUCUCAUCUUUAUGCAGCCUCGAAUCUGACUCCGCCUGGCGCAGAUCCUUUGCGUACUCUUUUCACCCUCUUUUUCUCCUCGUCUGCGAGUCGACCGAAGAUACGCUGCUCUUGGACAUGCUUGAAUUGUAGCUGUCGUGAAACUGUUGCUUGGCAUUGGUGCCAUAUUUCAUGGGCUGCAUCUUCGUACGUCAGUGUUCGUCAUUGACUCUGCUGCUGCCUUAGCGAAGGAGCGAUUCUGGGCGCUCCGGACAAAGCUGGUAGAAUCGCCACCCACCAAACACUGAGAACACCAGCUAGCUGUUUUGCAUCGCAGUGAAGUCGCACUGACCAUCAUGGAUCUACCACCCAUCUACAUUCCGAAGAAACGACGCGCCGAGGAGAUCAGCAAGCUGGAGAUACAGCGAGACGAGCUCGAGGACAAUCUGAAGCGAACAAGGAAGAAGCUCCGAGCACAUGGCUCCUUCAACGCCGAGUUCUGGAGUGCAGCAGCUGAUGUCGAGUCGACCAUUCUCAAAAAGACUCGCAUCGUUUCCGAGAUAUCACUGUCGGAGUUUCCUGGCGAUGCAUCCGAGUGGGAGCGCACGGAAGAGGCGCGGCGACUGUUCGAGCAGAUCCGGGCGCAGAAGCAUCGCGUCGCCUCGUUCCAGUCCCAGAGCGCAAAGCUGUCGCUCAGCAAGCCACGAAGAAGCCUCCGAGAGAGCUUCAUGAAGCUCUUCACGACAAGUCCAGUUGGACUCGGGAUAAAGACUGGCGCCGGUGCUAGAGACGGCCAUAUUCAAUCCAAUUUCCGAUCGGGCCUUAUAAGAGACUAUCAAAGCAUGCACUCGGACGGAAUGCACGCCUGGUGCCCCAUUCUCGGCGACUACUACCCUUCUCGAGCCAUGACGGCCGCGCACAUCUUCUCCUACAAACACGGUCAGAGCACCAUGGAUUCAAUCUUUGGAAAGAUGCGGCCGCCCCAGCUUUUCUCCUCAAAGAACGGCUUGCUGAUCCACUCCGAAAUUGAGCAGGUUCUUGAUGCUGGGGUCCUGGUGAUUGUCCCAGAUCUGCCGGAGAAACCCACCUCAGCAAUGCUGUGCUCGUGGACGGACUCUGAAGUUCGGGAAUUUCGCGUCCGAAUCAUCGAUAGCCAGUGGGAUCGUCUGGAUGAAGGUAUUUUUGGCAUCAGUGGGUUGAAGUGGAGAGACUUGGACAAUCGAAAAGUCCAGUUCCGAGGGACGUUUCGACCGGCAGCUCGUUUCCUCUACUUUCACUAUUGCCUCCAGGUCUUGCGUCGCGCAUGGAGAGCAGGCCCCGGUCAAAAGGCUGUCUUUUCACUGACAGAUGAGCUGGGAAAGCCAUUUUGGGGCACUCCGGGUCGAUACAUUGCUGGCAACAUGCUCAAGGCUUUCUGUGAAGAGCUGGGCCAUGACUGCGAUGGGUUGAUGAUUGGAGCCUCGCGGCGGCGUGGAAGACGGUCUGCCCUACUAGAUGCAGCCACUGCACAAAUUGCUGAGAAGGCUAAUAAGAUGGAUCAGAAUGAGGGUGAGGAUGGGGAUGAUGAUGAGCAGGAGGAGGAGGAGGAGGAGGAGGAGUGGGGGAGGGAUGAGAUAGAGUUUAUUGAGUGA